AACCUUGUUCCCCCCGCCCCAGUGAUCUGAGCUACAACCACGUCUAAUGUGGGUUAGCUACGUUCAUUUCUGCCAUCAUCCCUCUCGUCGCCAUCACCCUCUCGGCGCCAUCACCCCUCUCAGCACCAUCACCACUCUGAAUAUCUCGGGCAGCUACCUGUAUGAUAGCAUGCCAGCGACUCUGGUCAACAUGCAGGCGCACAGGGCAGAGGCAGACCUACCUCACAGGGUCGCUGCCAAUCAUCCCCACGAAGAUCAAGGCCCUGGCAGUCAAUAGCAGCUUCCCGGGCGCCUUUUCCUUCCCCUCGCAGGCCUUCCAUCUCUGCGGCAUCCCCGCCAUCUGCUUCUCCUCCCCCGGCUCUGCACCAGCACUGCUGGGGUGGCUCAGCGCGCCUCUGGCUGUAACAUCUGCAACAACAGCAACGUCUCCCCCCCCUCUCUGCUCUGGCUUUGAGUCGACUCAAAAGCACACUGCCGGGGCGGCUCAGUGCGUCUCUGGCUGUAACAGCUGCGGCACCAGUGUACCACCAACGCCGCGCUCCCCCCCUCUGCUGUGGCGCUCCCUGCAUCUCAAUGCCAUGGCCGCCCUGGCUGCUGGCACGGACAACAGCCCUGGCUGCCGGCACGGUCAACAGCCCUGGCUGCCGGCACGGUCAACAGCCCUGGCUGCCGGCAUGGCCAACAGCCCGGACAAUCUCACGCAGCCCUUCUGCUGCCAGCCUGUCACCAUUGGCACCACCUCUGUGGUGGCGCUGAUGAGCACCAAGACGUCCGGACUGGGCCACCACGUCGCAGUGCACGUUGGCAAGCAGAUCAGGCGGUAGGGGGAACUUCACAUGCUUGUGGUCCAACACCGCUCCACUGGCAACCCUGUAAAGUUCCUGUUGGACAACCAGAAUGCUUUCUGACAUUCUGCAUGCUGUCAUCACCAAGCUCACGGCACUCAUAUUCCAGCAAUUGAGAUUUACCCCCUGGAAUUGUUGGGGUGACCUCGCUCACACGCCUGUGAGUACCACCCGGCAACCGCCUCACCAGUGCCACCGCAUGCACCACCAAAGGCACGGUGCAGCGGGCGUCUUGCAACAUCUGUGGCGUCUCCUCUGGCCGUGCUACAGCAGGGGCAUAUGCACUCCCAGCACAGACGCGCCCUUCAAUGCCGAGUCGUUCGACAGUGCCUCUGCAGCCGUCCUGCCCGUGAGUUGCGUCGACAGUGUCUGUGUGGCUCCGCAUCACCCACGUUCUGCCCCACGGCUUGUUGGGGGUUACCCUUGAUCCAUCAAGAAUCAGGUCAGGAUGCCCCAAAUCAGAUAGCUGGGAUAAUUGACGAAAUGAAUGUCUGAUGCCUCAGAUAUCUGGGGCCCUGGAGGGCGGCCUCAUGACUCAGCCCACCUCAGAAUGAGUCCAAGGCCCUGCCUAAGGGCAUGAUCAUCUGGCUCACGAUUCGGCCCAUUUGUGAGGGCCAUAAAAUACACUAAGGGUAGGUCUCAGAAUAACAUAUUGAAACUAGA